GAAACUGUGCUGGCGGCAGACAAACUGAGCUGGAAGGCGUGGUUUGGGCGGCCAAUAACGUGCGGUGUUCGUACCUCGCGGUGGUCAAUGUUCCCACCUGACUAGGGUAACAAUACAUGACGCCUCCCCCCUGACCGACUGAAGCGUCCUCGGGGUAUGCUCUGGAUGCUUGGACACUGGCGACGAUGCUGGCUGGACUCCUCCCCCUUUCUUCCUCCCGAGGUAUAAAGCCUGAAGUCCGGCCCGAGAUCCGACAUUCGUUUUACUCGACAUCGAUCUUUUUCGACUUCGACGACUUCGAUCAUCCCCUUCUCUCCACGAGACGUCGGUGAAUUAUUACCUGACUACAGCUGGCAAGAUGAUCUUCAACCCUGCUGACUAUGUUGAUUGCAAUAACAAUACCAUUGAUCAGGUCCCAGUAGUCCCACCACAAGCCCCUAAGAAAGGGCCCAACCCAAAACCCUGCAACCCACGCAUCUGGCCAGGAACAAAUCAGCAGAUUCGGGUGCCCAAGAUCAGGAAACCCUUGUUCCCCCCUCCAGGCUACAUUGCUCCAGAAGACAAAGUGCCCCCCAAGGCUCCCCGCGCACUUAGGAUCAGGAGACCAGCUCUCAGUAGGAACCAAGCGAGCCGCGCCCUGGUCAAAAACCUCUUCAAUGAAGGUUAUUUCGAUCAAGUCUUUGAGCAAAACCAGCAGGACAACCAGCAUGACCAUGAUAACCGUGAUAACCGUGAUAACCAGGACGAACAGCCUGCAGACCCAAGACCUAGUGACCGCCAGGAAGCUCCGUGUUCAGCUUAAUCUGGAGAUGAUUUGUUGAUUUGUUUUACUGUUUUAUUGCAAUGUGUCUGUAAAUAUUUUAUUCUUAUUUCUGCCUGUUUCAUUUUAUUUCUAUAUCAUUUAUGAAAUUAAGAUUUCCGAGUUGGAGUGUCGACAGAGAACUGUUGUGUUCUUUUGCUUUCCUUUGGCAGUAAGGCUAUGGCCAGUGUCAUUGUGGGUCGUUUCAGACUUCUGCUGUCGAAACUCGACUCUCUUGGCCUUUGGUUUGUUCCUUUGCACAGUGCAUGUCUAGGACAACCAUAAAGUUAGGCCGUAAUGCCUAUCAUUAUCUUGUGUUCUCUUAUUGUAGGGGACAAUUUAAAGCCUUACUUACAUUCCAUCCCCAGCCGUUUCUCUUGGACUGCAAAGCUCAGCACGUAUUCUUUGUCAGACUUUCCAACACAAGCUUAUAGACUUUUUCUAACAUGCUAGCUUAUCCUACGAAACCACUGAUAAUAUGUAAAAUUAUAUAGGUUCGAUGACCCUUUUAAUGUUAUAAGGUUAGUUAAAAAGGCAACACCUUUAAAAUUAACGUCCGUUUCCGAAAUGCCAGAUCCAAAUGGGUUUUUUUCGGGCAAAAGAGCCCUUCCCAAAGACAUAGCCUCGGAUCGAGGUGAGCAUUGAACCCCCGAACCAUCAAGCUAAUGGUUACGGGUUUGGAACCCUAACAAUUAGACUAACGCCACCUAAAGAGCAGUCGUCCCAACAUUUUGAGGCGAAUAUCUCUCCCACCCAAUCUUGACAAACCUAUGUUCUUGUUUUCUUUUGCAUGGGAAUAGACCUUGAAUUAUAUUCAUAUAAGAAGAACUGAUGUACCCCAAAAUCUUUGUUGAAUUUCGUGUGGAUCUACAUUAUUCAGGAGAGGAGUAGAGUUGCACUUUUUUUAAAAGCCAAAGAGCUUUCAUUGCUUUUACUAUGCUCAAUCCCAAAAUAAUCUUAAACACUGACAAUUCUGCUGUUUGUUUCUCCCAAAGUGCCAUUGGAUCAACUUUACUCUAUGCAUGGAUGUACAACUGAUCUCAAAGAAUUUAUUUCUACACAUGUGUAAAUAGAGUUAUUAUUCCAAUGAGUGCAACUGGUCUCAAAAAUUAUAUUUCUACGAAUUUAUAUACAAAGAGACAUUCUUAUAUUAUUAGUGUAUACCGAUAUUUUUUUUAACGCCAUACAACGAUUUCUUCCCAUUCGUGCAUACAAUAAUUACAAUGUGCGCACGCAUCUCCUUGUUGCCAUACCUUAACCCUUCACUUUGACUUACACAAAAUACAUUUUGGGAGUUCUACAUUUGUGCCACAUGGCUUUGUAAUUGAUGUACGUUCUAGUCUAGAACACUUACAGUGUGAUUAUACGCAAAGUACAUUAUGUAUGGGAGUUCUACCUUUGUACUUCAUGACGGCUUUGUAUAUUUGAGAACGUUCUAGUCUAGUUGGUUGCCCUAAGUUCUCCGUCUUGUACUGUGAUCCCCCUAGUGUCAUUUGCAAAAGAUCAGGCAUGAAGAGUUCCAUUGUGUGCUAUGUUUGUGAAUGAUAAACUGGUUUUCCCUGCCACUAUAAACUCUUGAUUAUCAUACACGGUAAUUAUUAUUAUUAUUAUUAUUAUUAUUAUUAUUAUUAUUAUUAUUAUUAUUAUUAUUAU